UGUUUGUUUGUUUUUGCCCAGAGUUUGUCAUUUAAAUAUUUAAUGCGCGAUAGUUAUAACAGUUUUUCCGUCAUAGGCCUACUCAAAUUUAUAUAAGAUGUAAUUUACGCUAAGUUCCCAAAAUGUGCUGCUUUAUUGCGCUCGUAUUUGGACCGUCAACUGUUGCUGGAUAUGUGCUCCGCCGUUGCAUCCUCCAAUCAGCCUAUCUUGCACACACCCCCUGCAUGUUUCUUUCGUUUUCACUUCCCGGAAGGAUCGAAUGUGAAAAUUGUGGAGUUUUGUUUCUUCGAAAGUUAUAUUUUCUUUAUCUAGUAUGGAGUUUGGGGAGAUUUGACCUUCAGUGUAUUUUAUUCUUUGGAAGAGUUUUAUGUCUGCUUAUAAGGAAAUAAUCGUGUAUACUUCGGAGAGUCGAACAGAUAAAGAACAUUUUCAUGGAAAACGUUUCCCCCUCACCUUUGGACAAGCAAGAAAAUAGAGAAACCAGUCCUCCAUCCAUAAUGCAUGGAAUGCAGGUCAACAUUCCUCUCAGUGUGCAUCGCUCCUCACCGAACCAGCUUCCUUUGGUUAGUCCUCCUACACAAGAAGACUUGUGGCAUCUACCUGGACGCCUGCGGAUAAACCCAUCUCUGUGGGACAAGGAGGAUGUUGCUCACUGGCUCCACUGGGCUCAGAGAGAGUACUCACUGCGCCGGCCUGAAAAAGGACGCUUUGAGAUGAACGGUCGAGCCCUGUGCCUGCUCACCAAGGAGGACUUCAGACACCGCUGUCCCAGCUCGGGUGAUGUUCUGUAUGAGAUCCUACAGUGUGUAAAACAGCAAAGGAGGACUGUUGUUUGUGACCCCCGAAAUUCAUCUCCCUCCCUGGCAACUGGACCCAGCCAGAGCACAGACAGCUGCCAAACACCCCCUCAGAGUGUCCAAGAGCCCCAGCCCCCCACUGUCAAUGACACCCAAGUUUCCCUUCCUUUCACAACAGCAGUGUUGGCAGCUGCUGUCACCACUGUGACCAGCCAGCCGGAGCCUAUGUCACCUCUCAGAGAUCGUCCCUUGAUCUUUUACACUUGCCCUGAUCCACUGACACAUACUAAUGAAUCAGCAGCUGUCCCUGCACUGCCCCACAACCCAGUUCAGUGUCCUCCCCAAACAGACAGUGUCCUCCAACCACUCAACCUGUCCAGUCGAGAGAAGCCAAGGAGCGCAAUGCACAAAGCCAACGGCCGCAUCCCAGAAUGCAGACUGCUGUGGGACUAUGUGUAUCAGCUACUGUGUGAUGACCGUUACCAAGAAUACAUCCGAUGGGAAGACCAGGACAACCUGGUGUUCAGGGUGGUGGACCCCAACGGAUUGGCGCGUCUCUGGGGAAACCACAAGAACCGAGACAAUAUGACCUAUGAAAAAAUGUCCCGGGCCUUGCGGCAUUACUACAAGCUCAACAUCAUCAAAAAGGAGCGCGGACAAAAACUUCUCUUCAGGUUUUUGAAACUCCCACAGGACACCAAGAGAGCGCAGGCUGACCCUGCCGUGUCCCUGGAACACACUCCACCUCAAGAUGGGGACUUUCCAGACAGCAGUCCCACACAUGAGUUCAGUGAGGACCAUUUUGAGGUUUCCCCUGAUCGUGCUUCUCCUCUUACCUGAUGCACUACAUGGUUUGUUACACAGAACCCUCUGAGAAGCCGUCAUUGCAAACUGUUUGGAAAAGGGCGGGUCCUUUCAAAAAAAUACCUGGUAGGUGAGAAGGUGUAUCACGUCCACAAUUGUUUUUUGAACAGUUGAAUUGUCGUGGUUGUCACACACACCUAAACCAAGUCCGUAGCUGCAAUGCAUUACUUGAAGCCUAACAAGAUGGAGUUUCGUCUAAAAUGUGAUUCAGCGAUUCCCACGUGAUAACGCCAGAAUCCAGCUGGCAUGCAAAGUAACUUCUCCACAGCAUCCUCAAUAAAACUGAAAACCAUGUAUUAGAUGUUCUAAAUACAAUACAACAACACAAAUUAUUACAGAAAGAGAUGUGCUCAGAAAAUAACCCAUGCAUGUACAGGCUUAACAAAAUGCACUGUAUUUUUUUGGAGUUUUUCACAAUGAUAUUGCUUUUCAUUUCCCUGUGAAUUAAAGUAUCCAUCAGUGGGAUCAGAACAAACACUAAUAUUAAGCGACGUGGAAAACUCUGAAAGACAUCACAUCAAUAUUCAUAUGAGCAAAGAAUCAAAAUAACUUAGAUGUCUCAGUCUUGCUCAACAUAACCCCAAUACAAAAGAUGCACUUAUUUUCAUAUAAUAUAUACUGAAGGUCUUGCAGGUAGGUGUUGGAAAUGUCUGUGAAAUUGGAGAUUGUUGUUAAAUAGGAAGAGGCAGGUUGGAGUGAUUUUUUUGUGUUCAUACAAGAACAUAUUGUAUUGCUGAUUAAAUGCUAGUUUGUACAGUUUUGUUUUGUUUUUACAAAUGGUUCGCUUUAUCAACCUCAAGAUGAGGUAUUUGUUAAGCACCUUUGGUAUAGCCUAGGCCCUAGACCUAUGUUAGUUGUCAAUGUUUCUUUCUGCUUUGUAAAAUAAACAUUUUGUAUUGCAUAUUUUGUAUGCCCUGAUU